AAGAAAUAAAAAUAGAUAAAUAAAAUUCACAUUCUAUCCAAAAUAAAAAAUAAAUAAAAAUAAAAAUAACAUAAUGAGUCUAUAAGCAAAGCAGGACCUUUUCAAUUUUCAUGCACAAAAACAAAAUAAAAACAUUUCCAAUUCCCAACUGCAACAAUGUCCUCUUCAACCCUUUCAAUCCCCAAUACUUGUCAAUCUGCAUCACACUUUCAAACUCUCUCUCUCUCUCCUUUCAGUCUUUUCCUUCACAAUCCGCCAAAAUCACCUCUUCACAUGUCUUUGUUUGUAGUGAAUUGGUAAAGUAUUACAGUAUCCCUACUACUCACGGGCUGCAUUUUGGACUCAAACCAUGGAAAAUUGCUUCUUUCUUCUUUACAUAUAAGUCCUUAGUCAUUAACCACAGAUGUACUACUAGAAGCUUCUUUCCACUUCUCCCCUGUUUCCUAGCUUCCUUCCAUGGAUCUAAUCAUUCUACUUCCUCUGCUUCUUGCAUCCACAUUUACCCAUCUGCUAUCCGCUAUUGCUCAACCAGCAAACCCCAUUUCUAGAAUCACAGUAGUUGGUGUUGUUUUCUGUGAUAUCUGUUCAAGCAACACUUUCUCCAGACACAGUUAUUUCUUGCCAGGGGUUGAUGUGAACAUACAAUGCAAGUUCAGAGCAAAUUCACCUAAAACUUCAGAGCAGAUUUUGGUUUCAGUAAACAGAACCACUGACAAGUAUGGAGUGUAUAAGAUGGAAAUACCGCAUGUUGAUGGGGUUGAUUGUGUGGAAGGUUUGGCUAUUGAGUCAAUAUGUCACGCAAGUUUGAUAGGAAGUUCACCUUCAGCCUGCAAUGUUCCAGCUUUGAAGACCUCAACAAAUCAGAUUUCAGUGAAAGCAAAACAGGAGAAUCUCUGCAUCUACAGCUUAAAUGCACUCAGCUACAAGCCAUCCAAGAGAAAUGUUACCUUGUGUGGGAACCACAAGGAGAAGUUGCCAAAUUCUUUUGAAACUUCAAAGUGUUUUCUACCUUUCUUCUCUCCAUUUGGUUUCCCCUGGCCUUUUCCUUCAUUUCCCUUCCCUUCCUUACCUCCCCUCCCUCCUUUGCCAUCUUGGCCUUUUCCUUACCCAAGCAAUCCACCAUCUUUGCCCUUCCCUUUUCCUCCAACCCCGUUUCUUUUCAAGCCACCUCCUCCACCUGCAUUCAAUCUAGGAGACCCAAGAACUUGGAUACCAUCCCUUCCUCCUUCCCCGAUGCCAACAGGGAGCAGAGAUUUUUUAUGAGGAUAAAAUUUUUCGUCCUACCUCACUACUUGCAAGGAAUGGAUUCUUGCAACGAUUUUCCAUCUCUUCGAUUUAUAUUAUAAAAUUAAUUUAAUUAU